AGAGUGGCCCACCAGGUCAAACUGUCCUCCCUGAAUUCUCUCUUCUCUGGACACCAUGAGAUUUUCUCUGAUAUUUGCCACAGAGAUCCAGUAAUCUCUUUGCCUGCAGAGCAGGAGAAUGAGGCCCAGAGCUGCAGACCUCAGGAACAGCAGCACCAUCACAGAGUUCGUCCUGGUAGGCUUUGAACACAGCUCCCCUUCCACCCGGGCCUUGCUCUUUGCCCUCUUCCUGGCCCUCUACAGCCUCGCCAUGGCCAUGAAUGGCCUCAUCAUCUUCAUCACGUGGACAGACCCCAGGCUCAACAGCCCCAUGUACUUCUUCCUCGGCCACCUGUCCUUCCUGGAUGUCUGCUUCAUCACCACCACCAUCCCCCAGAUGCUGAUCCACCUGGUGACCAAGAACCACACCGUCUCCUUUGCCGCCUGCCUGACCCAGAUGUACCUGGUCUUCUGUGUGGGGGUGGCGGAGUGCAUCCUCCUGGCCUUCAUGGCCUAUGACCAGUAUGUUGCCAUCUGCCACCCGCUCAAUUAUGCCCAGAUCAUGAGCCGGCAGGUCUGUGUGAGGCUGGUGAGUACUGCCUGGGUCUUUGGCAUGAUCAAUGGCAUCUUUCUUGAGUAUGUAUCAUUCCGGAAUCCUUUCUGCAGAGACAACCAUAUAGAAAACUUCUUCUGUGAGGCCACCAUAGUCAUCGCUCUGUCCUGUGGAGACCACCAGUUCAUCAUGAAGAUGAUCUUCGCUGAUGCCAUAGUGGUGCUGCUCAGCCCCAUGGCGCUCAUCAUCAUCUCCUAUGCCCUCAUCCUGGCCUCCAUCCUUGGCAGAGCCUCCUCCUCGGGUCGAGGGAAGACCUUCUCCACGUGUGCCUCCCACCUCACCGUGGUCAUCUUUUUCUACACCUCAGCCAUGUUCUCCUACAUGAACCCCCGCAGCACGCACGGGCCUGACAAAGACAAGCCUUUCUCCCUGCUCUACACUAUCGUCACCCCCAUGUGCAACCCCAUCAUCUACAGUUUUAGGAACAGAGAGAUGAAGGGGGCCAUGGUGAGGGCCCUUGGGAGGGCAGGCCUGGCCCAGGCAGAGUCUGUCUAGCAGGAAGGCUUCUGGGAGGGAAGCUCCCUCCUGAGCCCUGACUGGCAUAACACCUGCACCCAGAGGUCCCAAAGGGCAACCCCUAGCUUUCUCAGCACUAGGAGCAUGUCUGGAAGUUCCUUUGACAUAGAAUUCUGAUGUUCAUCUCUCUGACUUCAUUUCAAGCAUCAUUUUCACUUGGUCUUUCCCUAAGAGAAUUUGAAUUAUUUUCCUCUACACUCUCAUUAUAGGAUUCACUAAAUACUUAAGUGAGCUUAGCUUCUUUGUUUCUUAUCCUUGUAUAUUAGUUUGAGGUGCUACUCCAGCUCCCCCCCCCCCGCCUGAAUGUUACAUAUACAUUGAGAAGUAAACCUCUUUCAAUUUGUUGGGUUUUGUCUUUCUUUAACAUCCUACUUUCACUUGCUGGAACUUUCCUCAUCCAUUGUGUUCUUGUGUGAA